GAGGUGGCGUCGCUCGUCUCGACGCGGUGGUUCCGCUUCAGCGCCUGGAUGCUGUCCCACAGGCUGGCGGUCUUGGCCGUGGUGGCCGUGGCCUUCGCGCCCGCGCUGCUGCGCCUGCCGCACAUGGAGGUGUCCAGGUCCCCGAUGCAGCUGGUGCCCCGCGGCCACGAGGCUGGGCUGGGCUUCGCCCGUCUGUUGGACAAGUUCGGGGCCGGCAUGCUGUGGCCCACCAAGGUGCUGGUGCUGCCGCCUCCGGGGGAGACGGUCUUCUCGGAGUCAUUCUUCAAGAGGGUGGCGUCGGUCGUGGAGUCGUUGCCGAGCCAGCUGCCGCUCUCGCCGAGGUACUCCGUGCAGAGCCUCGUCUACUCGUCCGACGCGGGGGGGGCCAUUCCAUUCGCAACUGUUCGGGCCGCGCUGCCCGAGCUCCGGGAUGUGAGCGGAGGGAACGGUCCACAUACCGCCACCCUUCCCUCGUUUUCGCCUUAUGGCGCCUCCUGGGAGGCCCUCGUCGCCACAGAAUUCGCCUCGAAAUCGAACACACCCUGGGAGAGGUCCGGGGAGUAGCGGUAUCGGUACCUGUUGUUUUCCCCAGGAUGCUGGCCAUGGCGACGGCGCGGAAUUGCUGUGCGACGUGGCCGCUGGAGCUGUAGGCAUGGACGCGUGCCAGCUGAUCCGACUGGCUCGCCAGAAGUUCGUCAACGCCAAUGGCACCGCGAUGGUGCUGAACAUCGCACUGGAUUCGGAUCCCUGGACGCCCGCGAGCACACGGUGGCUGCAUUCGCUGCGCAGGGCCUGCGAGAUCUUCGGGGGUUCCACAGACCAAUAUCUUGUAGUCAGCAACCCCUCGUCUGUGAACGAUACCGUGGAUGGCGUCUACGCCUCCGCUCCUCUUGUCGUCCUGGUAACAGGCUGUGGCGUAUUUGCCAUCGUCUCGGCGAGCUUCCGGUCGGUCGUUGUGCCGCUGAGGCUGCUGCCGUCGAUAGCGCUGACCAUCAUCUGGACGUACGGCCUGGCGGUGAUGGUCUACCAGGAUGGUGUGCUGGCCGGCCUCGGCAUCAGCUGCCUCUCGCCGAUCGGCCAUGGCGGAAUCCCGGGCGUCAGCUGGGUGCUGCCGCCCAUCUGCUUCACGCUCCUGACGGGGCUGUGCCUGGACUACGACAGCUACGGGCGAGGAUCGUCGAGUUCCGCCUGGCCGGCUACGCGGAUCGAGACGCGGUGCUGCUGGGGGUCAGCGCCUCGGGGCCGACCAUCACGGUGGCGGGCUGCAUCAUGAUGGUAGCAUUCAGCGGCUUGAUGAUGUCGGACCAGCUGCUGCUCAACGAGCUCUCCUUCAUCCUCCUGGCGUGCGUCGUGAUAGACACCUUCGUGGUGCGCAACAUCGUGGUGCCCCUGUGCAUGGACGUGCUCGGCGGCCUGAGCAACUGGUGGCCCCGUCGGAUGCCGGAGCCCUGCCGCGAGAUCCCCUGCCGCUGAGGGCCGGCUGGGGAUGCGGUGUCCGCCAAGCUGACCCGCCUCUCAAAAUUCGCCAGGAAG